AUGAGGCCGCUCUUGACCCUGCUGCUCCUGUGCCUGGCGUCCUGCUCGCCCCCGCUGGACGACAACAAGAUCCCCAGCCUGUGUCCAGGGCACCCAGGGCUUCCAGGCACGCCAGGCCACCAUGGCAGCCAGGGGCUGCCUGGCCGCGACGGCCGCGACGGCCGCGACGGCGCGCCCGGGGCUCCGGGCGAGAAAGGCGAGGGUGGAAGGCCGGGGCUGCCGGGGCCCCGAGGGGAGCCGGGUCCGCGAGGAGAGGCUGGGCCGGUGGGGGCGACCGGGCCUGCAGGGGAAUGCGCAGUGCCCCCGCGAUCGGCCUUUAGCGCCAAGCGCUCAGAAAGCCGAGUGCCUCCGCUGUCUGACGCGCCGCUACCGUUCGACCGCGUGCUGGUGAACGAGCAGGGACAUUACGACGCCACCACUGGCAAGUUCACCUGUCAGGUGCCGGGGGUCUACUACUUCGCGGUCCACGCCACUGUCUAUCGGGCCAGCCUGCAGUUCGAUCUGGUGAAGAAUGGCGAGUCUAUUGCCUCCUUCUUCCAGUUUUUCGGGGGGUGGCCAAAGCCAGCCUCACUCUCCGGGGGCGCCAUGGUGAGGCUGGAGCCUGAGGACCAGGUGUGGGUGCAGGUGGGCGUGGGUGACUACAUUGGCAUCUAUGCCAGCAUCAAAACAGAUAGCACUUUCUCUGGAUUUCUGGUGUACUCCGACUGGAACAGCUCCCCAGUUUUCGCCUGA